AUGGCGGAGGGCGAAUUGAACGUGGAUAGCCUUAUCUCUCGCCUUCUGGAAGUAAGGGGAUGUCGCCCAGGCAAGAUCGUGCAGAUGACCGAAGCGGAGGUGCGGGGCCUGUGCAUCAAAUCCCGCGAGAUCUUCCUCAGCCAGCCCAUCCUCCUGGAACUCGAAGCGCCGCUGAAGAUCUGCGGGGACAUCCACGGACAGUACACGGAUCUGCUGCGUCUCUUUGAGUACGGUGGCUUCCCCCCGGAGGCCAACUACCUGUUCCUCGGCGACUACGUGGACCGAGGCAAGCAGUCAUUGGAGACCAUCUGCCUGCUGCUUGCCUACAAGAUCAAGUACCCGGAGAACUUCUUCCUGCUCAGGGGCAACCACGAGUGCGCCUCCAUUAACCGCAUCUACGGCUUCUAUGACGAGUGUAAGCGAAGGUUUAACAUUAAGCUUUGGAAGACCUUCACAGACUGCUUUAACUGCCUGCCAAUUGCUGCCAUCAUCGACGAGAAGAUUUUUUGCUGCCAUGGAGGACUUUCACCAGACUUGCAGUCAAUGGAGCAGAUUCGUAGGAUUAUGAGGCCGACUGAUGUGCCUGAUACAGGCCUGCUCUGCGACCUUCUAUGGUCCGACCCGGACAAGGACGUGCAAGGCUGGGGCGAGAACGACCGCGGGGUAUCAUUCACCUUCGGCGCCGACGUGGUCAGUAAAUUCCUUAACCGUCAUGACCUGGAUCUUAUCUGCAGAGCCCAUCAAGUUGUGGAGGAUGGGUAUGAGUUCUUUGCCAAACGCCAGCUGGUCACGCUGUUUUCAGCGCCAAACUACUGUGGGGAGUUCGACAACGCCGGCGGUAUGAUGAGCGUGGAUGAGUCGCUCAUGUGCUCCUUCCAGAUCUUAAAGCCCUCAGAGAAAAAGGCUAAAUAUCAGUAUGGAGGGGUCAAUUCUGGUCGGCCUGUCACUCCUUCCCGAACCACUCAGGCCCCAAAGAAGAGGUGA